AUGUCAAAUGUUGUUGAUAAAACAUUAGCAGAUGAAGAAUAUUAUCAUGGUUUAUUGCCUAGAGAAGACAUCAAAAUGAUGCUGAAAUGCAAUGGUGAUUUUAUUGUAAGAAUUACUGAACCAGUUGCUGGACAGCCAAGAGCUUUUGUCAUUUCUGUAAUGGUACAUGAAGAAGACGAAGAACGCGGGCUAUCCAGAAAAAAUCAAUCUAAAAAACUUCUUCAGAUAAAACACUACAUUAUUAAAUGCACAAAGAAUGGAAAAUAUGUGGUAGAAAAAUAUUAUUUCAACAGUGUGCCGGAAAUGAUUAGGUUUCAUUUAAAAACACAAAAAAGUUUGGUAAGAUCCAGCAAAGUGCACUUAACGAAACCAAUACCACGGCAGAAUUGGGAAUUACAUCAUCAAGAUGUUGAACUGACGAAGAAAAUAGGCGAAGGUGCCUUUGGCGAAGUUCAUCUUGGAUUAUUACGCCUUAAAAAUGGUCGAAAAUUGGAUGUCGCAGUAAAACUUGCAAAACUGGAAACAUUAACAAAAGAACAAAUCAAAGAAAUCAUGAAUGAAGCGCGUCUUCAUCGUACAUUUGAUCAUCCAAAUAUAUGCAAAUGUUAUGGAGUAGCCGCUGGUCAAGAACCACUAAUGAUUGUUAUGGAAUUGGUAUUUCAGUUCAUAAUAUCAACUCAUACAGGAAUAACUAUAUUUAUAUACUGGCUACAACGGAAGAAAGGAGGAAUUCCCGAUAUAUUAGCUGAUGGUGGUGCAUUGGAUUCGUACCUUCAACGAAAUAAGAUAUCAUCGGACCAAAAAAUGGAUAUGUGUUUAGAUGCAGCAAAAGGCCUCGAGUAUUUACAUGCUAGACCGGUACUUCAUAGAGAUAUUGCAGCGAGAAAUUGUCUAUACGGAGACAAUAAGGUGAAGAUCAGUGAUUUUGGCUUAACUCGUGAAGGUACGGUAUAUCAAAUGGAUCCAACAAAACGUGUACCUAUUCGAUGGCUUGCUCCAGAAACGCUUCGUACAGCAAUCUACACACAAAAAACGGAUAUUUUUAGCUAUGGCAUUUUAUGUUGGGAAAUUUUUGCGGAUGGUAUGGAGCCAUAUCCAGGUCUAACUGUCGCUGAAGUAAAUAUAAAGGUCAUAGAAGGAUAUCGAAUGGCACUUCCAGUGCAUAUGCCUUAUGAUUUGAAAAAUAUCAUUCUAUUGAAAUGUUGGUCUGAUAAUCCCAAUGAGAGAUGGACAGCGACUGAUAUCGCCAAAAAUUUGCAACGUAUCAUUCGAACAUAUCAGAGAGAAUCAACAACGCAAAUCUCGACGGUAAGUCAUACAUCUAUUUUUUUCUCUGUAAUUUAG